CACCACUCCAUCUUCCAUAUCAAUGGCAUCCUUUUCCAGACGCCUACUCCUCUUUGCGGCGGUGCUACUCGCCGCCGCUAAAAUCGCAACCUCCGCCAACCGAUGCCCAGACUGCGGAGGUACCGGCGUUCCCUAUCCUCUGAGCACCAGCCCCACAUGUGGGGAUCAAUCGUACAAGAUCCGGUGCGACGCAGGCUCACUGAAAUUCGAUACGCUGAACAAUACGUACCCGAUCAUCGCGAUCAACCCAUCGGCCCAACGGCUGGUGAUCCGCCCAUCUAACUUCCUCCGAGAAACGUGCGUGACAGAGGAUAUUGCUCACGGAGGAAUCCUACUGAACAACAGUUUACCCUUCAACGUCACGAGCGGGAACACGAUCCUAUACUUCAACUGCACGGAUUCGCUUCUGCGCUCGCCGUUGAACUGCUCGUCGACGAGUUUGUGCCAUUCGUACAUCAACGGCUCGAGAGGAGCGGCGGCGUGCGAGGCGGCGCCGCUGUGCUGCACGUUUCGGGCGGGUGGGUCAUCGAAUUCGUACAUGAUUCGGGUGAUGGAGUCGGGGUGCAGCGCGUACACGAGCUUUGUGAACUUGAACCCGAGUUUGGGACUGUUGCAAUGGCCUGAACCCGGGUUGGAGCUGCAGUGGCUUUCGCCGAUGGAGCCGAUUUGUAAUACGCAGGCUGAUUGUGAUGGGAACGCGGCUUGUGGUGUUGACCCAAGUGGGACCGGGUUGAAACGUUGCCUCUGUAAUUCAGGGUUUCAGUGGGACCCUAUUGCUGGAAUCUGCUCUCAAAACACGUGUCAUGAUCCUGACGGUUGCAAGAAGUCCCGAACUGCACUAAUAGCCGGCAUUGUAUCCGGCGUCGGCGCGGCGGUGUUAUUGUCAAUAAUAGCCAUGUUAGUAUAUAGACGACAUAGAAGAGCGAAAGAAGCUCAAGAAGCUCAAGAUCGCUUAACAAAGGAGCGUGAAGCAAUUCUGAACUCCAACGGCGGAGGCGGAAGGAACGCAAAGAUCUUCUCCGGAAAAGAGAUCAAGAGGGCCACCCACAAUUUCUCCGCCGAUCGCCUUCUGGGUGCCGGCGGCUAUGGUGAGGUCUACAAAGGCAUUCUUGGGGACGGUACCCCUGUAGCUGUGAAGUGCGCCAAGCUCGGAAACGCAAAAGGCACCGACCAAGUCCUGAAUGAGGUCCGAAUCCUCUGCCAAGUUAACCACCGGAGUCUUGUGUGGCUCCUUGGGUGCUGCGUUGAAUUAGAGCAGCCAAUUCUGGUGUACGAGUAUAUCCCCAACGGCACUCUUCUGGACCAUUUGCAAGGUAGUAAAGAGACAAGGGCAUUAACAUGGGAGCAGCGGCUCCAGAUCGCGCAGAGCACAGCAGAGGGACUAGCAUACCUUCAUUUCUCAGCAGUUCCACCAAUCUACCACCGAGACGUGAAAUCCAGCAACAUCCUACUAGACAAUAAGCUAAACUCCAAAGUUUCGGAUUUCGGCCUCUCCCGAUUGGCGGAAACUGAUUUAAGCCAUAUCUCAACUUGCGCGCAGGGUACUCUGGGGUACCUGGACCCCGAGUACUACCGGAACUACCAGUUGACUGACAAGAGCGACGUGUACAGUUUCGGAGUGGUUCUGCUGGAGCUGUUGACGUCGCAGAAGGCCAUCGAUUUCAACCGGGAGCCUGACGACGUGAACUUGGCGGUAUAUGUGCAGCGGAUGGUGGAAGAAGAGAAAUUGGUGGAUGCCAUCGAUCCGAGGCUGAAGAAGGGAGCCACGGACAUGGAGGUUGACACGAUGAAGGCUUUGGGGUUUCUGGCAGUGGGAUGCUUGGAAGAGAGAAGGCAGAAUCGGCCUUCCAUGAAAGAAGUGGUGGAGGAGAUUCAGUACAUCAUAAGCGUCGCCACUGCCAAGCCUUGAAAUCAGUAAACACAGAACAGAAACAGAAGAUGAGGCAAUGAAUGCGCUCAAUAAACACCUUUUUCUUUUUUUAACGCACGGCUGUGAUUGUACGAGCCUCACAGCCAAUUGCAUGCGGCCAACGGUUUGUAGCUUUUAUGGCCUCGUCCUUAAAAUUUUCCGAUGAGCUGGCCAUCUUUGAAACCACUCCCUUCAACAAGAUGUCUCAAAUUUUCUUUCUUCUACUUUCA